AUGAGCAAGCCCGCCUUCGUGCGAGUGUCGGGCCCGCCUAAUGGCAAUUUCUUGAUCGGAUAUCCUGGCAUCUCUGCCACAAUGCCACGUAUUGAAGGUAAAGUCGAGAUCAGGCCCAGCACUGGCAUUUCGCUCCCCGUCAGUGUAUCCCUCGUUACAAUAUCCCUUCAUCGUCGCGAGACCAUUCAUCCCUCGGCGGAUUCCGUGACCAAGAAGCACCUUGCGCCACCCCGGAAGGAGAUUACCGAUAUCGUGGGCAAGGAGAUGCUUCUUUUCCGCUGCCCGGCCGGUCGAGAGUCCGAAGAGGUCAUCUCCAUGGACUUGCCUUUCGUGCUCUUCAUUCCUUUUGGGCGGGGCGGAGCAGAUGCCUCGAGGCGCGUUCCUCCGGCCAGUCUACAACUUCCCAGUCGCACUGCUGAGACAUAUUAUGAGAUUGUGGUGGCGGUUCAACAAGGGCCCUCAGAACAGCGGAAAUACUCGUUUCCCGUUCCAAUGGCACGGUACGACACCCUAUCGACGUUUGGAAUGUACAAUCGCCCCGAGUCAGCCGAGCGAGUGUCGGAUCAUUUGGUCACAUUGGGGAUAUCCCUGCCCCGGUGGUCUUACGGGCCUUUGGAUCCGGUGAGCGUCUACGUGAAACUCUCACCAAACCCGGAUUGGAUUAGCAAAGCCAGAAAAGUCACUAUAAACAAGAUUACGAUUGGUAUUGAUGAGGAAAUUAUAUACAACCAUGAGGGCGACGAGCCACAGCGCAAGGUCAAGACCUUGACCAAAAGGACAGAACCGAUCGGCGUCAAACUACCCCCUUCUGGCUUUUUGACGAAUCUUGGCUUGGUAUUCCCAGCCAAGGAUAUGCGGGACUCUGAGGGGAUACUCCCCAGAAGUAGACCGGGGUUUCCUACAUACGCAGUGAGCGGGUUUACCACAACCGGAAGCCUUUACAAGAUCGAAUACUAUUUGACUGUCAAGGCCCACUUGGCAUCUGCAAGGGAUAUUACCAUCCGACAGCCGAUCGUUGUUUGCCCGCUCGACCAUGCAGGAUGCAAAGAGGAGAUGGAGGCUAUAGAACAGGCGGCUCGGGACGCCGUUCAUGUGAAUCCGGACAACCCGAUGCUGCCUCUGCCCUCCAUUGUACGGCCUAACGACCCAAAUGCUCUCCGCCAUCUUGGGGUGGCCAUAGUUGGAGGCAAACACAAACCUUUAAUCGAUUGA